GAUAGUUGGAUAGUUGGAUGGUUGUGCUUCUUUGUGACAGAUUUGCUUCAUCUUGCUCAUAAGAAACCACUAAGGCUGGAAACGUUUAAUGUGACCCUUGUGUGGAUAGUGAGCCAGAUGGUAUUGUUGUACCCUAUAUAAUGUCACCACACAUGUGUAUUGUGUAGGGUGUAAAGAUUGUGAGUGAAAUAUGGAGUUGUCUUUGCCUUUCUCGUUGCAUAGGGAUUUACCCAUCACUUCUCUCAGAUCCAGCUUCCUCCCUCGGAAUCCUCCUUGCUUAUUAGGCACAGUCAAGAGGAAUUAUAAAAACAAUAGGAUCUCAGAAAAUAUCCCUUUUUCAGUUUCUUGCGUGUCUGUCAAAACUGUCCGCAGUCCUUCACUAGACAAGCAUGUUGUGAAGCAAAACAAGAUACGUUUUGUCCAAAAGCUACAAACACUGCUUCUUUCCAAACCAAAAUGCUAUAUUCCAAUUCAUAUUCUCAAUAAGUGUCGAGCCUACCUUUCCCUAUCAAAGCCACGAUCCAUUCUCUCAAUGAUUCAUCGAUACCCUACUAUUUUUGAACUCUUCUCGAUCCCAACAGCUCCCUUGCCAUCCAAUGCAAGCAAAUCAUUAUCACAACUCUGUGUCCGUCUAACCCCAGCUGCAGCAGCCCUUGCUGCUGAGGAAUUAAGUCUCAAAUCAGCCAUCUCUGACUCCUUGGCCACAAAACUCCAGAAACUUCUUAUGCUCUCUUCUCAUCAUCGACUACUUCUGUCAAAGUUGGUUCACCUAGCUCCAGAUCUUGGUCUUCCCCCUAAUUUUCGCUCUCGUCUAUGCAAUGACUAUCCAAAUAAAUUCAAGACUGUUGACACCUCCUAUGGCCGUGCACUUGAGCUUGUCUCCUGGGACCAAGACUUGGCAAAGCCUUUACCAUCUCCAGAAGUUCAGUCACGUGAGCUAAUAGUAGACAGACCUUUGAAAUUCAAGCAGUUGACGCUCCGAAAGGGUCUAAAUUUGAAGAGGCGUCACCAGGAUUUUUUGCUCAAAUUCAAAGAAAUUCCAGAUGUGUGCCCAUACAAUACCCCCAUCUCGGACUUGCCUAAAGAGUCAAUUGAGGCAGAGAAGAGAGCUUGUUUGGUGGUGAGAGAAGUGCUAGGGAUGACGGUUGAAAAGAGAACUUUGAUAGACCACUUGACUCAUUUUAGGAAUGAUUUUGUGCUGUCCAACAAGUUGAGAGGGAUGAUCAUACGGCACCCGGAGUUAUUCUAUGUGAGCUUGAAAGGGCAGAGAGAUUCAGUGUUUUUAGUGGAGGGUUUUGAUGACAAGGGUGCACUGUUGGAGAAGAAAGAGACUUUGGUGAUUAAGGAAAAGUUGAUGCAGUUGGUCAGAGAUAGCAAGAGACUAAGAAGAGAGAGGAAGAAAGCUAGGAUUAACAACACUGAGAUUGGUGGCUCUACUGAUGACUUUGAGUCUGAUGAUGAUGAUGAUGACGAUGACUAUGAUGAUGGUUUUCAGAGUUUGUUUGAGCCUGAAGAUUUUUAUGGGGAUAAUGAUGGUGAUAAGAAGGGUGAGACAAUUGACUACAGGGAGAAGGGGCAGUUUUGGACUGUUGAUGCUCAUUCUGUUCAUGAUGGCAGGAAGCAACAAAUGGAACCUUGGUAGAAGAGAAUGUCAAUUGUUCAGAUCUUACCCGAAAAUAAUCAUAGUGCGAGGAUAGUAUUAUGGCGGUGAUAUGAAUGACUGUAAAAAUGAAGUCUCACGAUCUGUAUCUAUAUAUAUGAAGCAAAUGGCCCUUCACCUAAAGGGCCAAGAAGUGGCACAGAUAAUUAAUCACGCUCUUCAUGGAGGUAACAUAUGCAUAAAGAUAGCUGAUUCAUGUAUAUCCACUGCAGCUUCUUGGUUCUCAACCUCUGCAUCAAUGGCUCCAUUACCUUCGUGCUGUUCUGCUAUGUAUGUCAACUCAAAAGGUGGUUUCACUUGGAAUUUCCUUUCGCGGGCAUGAGCAUAGGUACAGUGAGGCAAUAUAUCUACUGAAGCAACUGCUAAAUUGAUUCACUUGUGAUGGAAAUAUUGGACAUUAAUACUAGACCAAUGGUGGGUGCUGCCAUGCUGGUUCAAGAGUGGCACCUAAAAGGAGUCCUGCACUUAGGUGCGCAUCAAGGGAGACCUUUAAAUUCUAUGAUUGGUACGAGGAGCAGAUUUCAUGAAGAAUAUGAGGUAUGUGGGGUGGAGCAGCUAGUCCCGCACCCGCAGCACUAUGCUGGGGAAGGAGGAUGGCAGGUUGUUCAUACGGAGAGUGGCAUUUGGUUGACUAUUUUUGGGCUUCUUCCAUGUGAUAUUAUAUUUUUCUUAUAUACCAAAUAGUAUUCAUCCCGUUUCGCUACUGUUCAGAAGUCCGCAGUUAGUGAAACGGGAUGAAGACAUUCAAACCGAGUGACCUCUAACCAGUUUGAAUGUGUGUAGGCUGCGUGACCGUUGAUCAAACUUUUGGCAUCAACAAUUUUUAAUCUACACUAUUUGCAAAA